AUGGAUACAACCAGUGAUGCCACAAAAAUCCUGGAGAAGGGACCUGAAUACCUUAGGAAGCAAAUGGAGCUUGAGAGUGAGACAAAAGGACACACGAGUGCAGUGGAGAGGCUCGCUGCAAGCAAACCCAAAUAUGUCAAAAGCCAACAAGUAGUCAACUCAACUCAGGAGCCCGUGAUCAGUAUUGGCUCAGCCUCUGUGAGCAGUACUGGGUCCUCUAACCGAAGCUCCAACCGUGGCGGGAAUCUGAAUGCUUUGAGUAGCCCAAAAGCAGCAACAUGUGGUUCAGAAAACUGCUCACCAGGGCAGGUUCGGCGGUCCAGCUCCAAAAAGAGACCAGAUUCACUUCUAAUUUACAGACAGAAGUGUGAGUUACUGAAAGGGUCAGCUAGUGGACGCAAAUAUCGCAGAACACGUAAACUGCAGCGGAAAAAUGUUCCAUUACCUGAGGCAGCAGAUAAAGAGAGUGAAGGUGAGAACAGCACGGAGAAAAAUACCACACCUGAGGAGACAGAGAAGGAAUGCUGCUCCCAUACAGAGGAAAGAGGGAGGAACGGAGAAGUGGAAAAACACAGAAAAAAGGACAGUGAUUCAGGGACAAAGGUGACAGCUGCUGGUGGGAAAAAAUCUACUGGUCUUCUGACAGUUCCUGAGGUUGAAAGGAGGCCUGGGAAAGGGGUCAGUCGUUCACACUCUGACAUCAGCUCCAGGUACUCCAAAAACUUUGCAGACUUUGAUGCUUUUUUUAAGUACUGUGGACUGGAAGGGGAGGUCAUCGAGUCUUUGGGGAGAGAAAACUUCUCAGCGCAUUCUGAUGAAAUAGCAAUAAAUCUCAUCAGGAGUGUUAGUAUCUCUUCAUCGGACGACGGCUUCUCCAGGAACAGCGGGGACAGCGACGGGCUGCUGGAAGACGAGUUACAUGAGACUAUACGCCAGGGGACGUCAGUCAUAGAGCGCAAUGCAAGGAUAAUCAAGUGGCUAUACAGCUGCAAAAACGCCAAAGAGACUGGGAAGAAGUUAAGAGACCUGGAUUGA